AUUCUGAUACGGAACAAAUUUAUGAAAAGACUCCUCGAUCAAACAAAUCUUGGAUAUCUAAAGAACCCAUAAAACUUCCCAUUAAAUUGCCUGAUGGUAAAAUAAGACAUCAAGAGUCUAAUAAUGACUCUAGUAAUGAAAAUGGCGAAGAAAAAGAAAAUUCAUCUUCAGAUAAUGAUAAUCUUGAUGAGAAUCUGCAAGAUGACAUGAAGGCUAAUGAAGUAGAUGAGGAUAUUGCCGAAUUCAUUUCCAUUCAAAAUAUAUCAAGCAGUAAUGAUAUCACUCAGAAGAAAGAAGAGUUGGCCACAAUAGCCCAAAUGGUUAUUGAAGACCCGGAAAAUAACACCAGGCAACUUAAAAUUUUGAGAGAAAUCGCGACGAGUAAUGAUCUAACAAUCAAGAAGUUGGCACUAUUGACCCAGCUUGUAGUAUAUAAAGAUAUCAUUCCUAGUUAUCGGAUACGACAAUUGACUGAUAAAGAAAAGGCUACAAAGGUAUCCGAAGAAGUCAGAAAAUUACGGCAUUUUGAACAAAGUCUUGUAUCUAAUUAUCAGGCUUAUUUAAAAUCUCUGGAAACUGAAUUAAAGGAACAUACAAUUGCAGAGACAGCAUUAAAAUGUAUGUGUGAUCUCUUAAUAUCAGUCACACAUUUUAAUUUUCGAUUAAAUUUGAUGAUGACUAUUGUGAGCAGGAUGAGUACUGCCAAAUUCACUAAGAUGUCUGCGAUGUGUUGUGAUACGAUAAUUGAAGUCUUUAAAAAUGAUGAGUCCGGUGAAGCAAGUUUGGAUGCAGUCAAAUUAAUAACUAAGAUGAUUAAAUCCAAAAGUUAUGUUGUGCACGAAGAGGUUUUAAAUACUUUUUUGCACCUCCGACUAAAAGAAGAACUAAGUGUAAAAACAUUAAAUAAUGAGGAUUCCGUUAAUAUUAAAACCAAAGGUAAAAAGAGGAAGUUUGUUAAACAAGGAUCAAAAAAGCAUUUGUCAAAAAAAUUGAGAAAAUUGCAUAAGGAGAGAAAAGAAGUUGAAAAGGAAAUGAAAGAGGCUGAGGCUGUUGUGAAUAGAGAGGAAAGAGAAAAAACGAUAAUGGUUGGUCCACAAGUUGAAGAUGAUAAUAAAAAUUCUAGUAGAAGAGUGGAUACAAGGAGAAGCUUAUUGUGCAUAAUAACUGCAUUCCAAUUACUUUCCGGACAAGCACUUAAUAUCGAUCUGAAAGAUUUUUAUACGCAAAUGUAUAAAAUAGUAAUGCCACUUGCACUAAAUCCAUACAUGGAACAAAACGAAAAUAAAAGAAUGCAAAAGACAAUAAUGAAUGAUAAUAAAAACGAAAUCAAAGAUAGUAAUAACAUCAAUUUGUUAUCGGAACAACAGUUAUUAAUGGAUGGAUUUGAUUACAUGUUUUUUAGGAAAAGAACGAUUCCCAUUGAAAGAUCUGCAGCAUUUUUGAAACGGCUCUCAAUUUCAUGUUUAAAUUGGCCGAGUAAAACUGUAUUAAUAUGUCUAGAAAAAAUGAAAAAAAUGAUUCAGAAACAAUCACGAUUAGAUUCACUAUUGAUAUCAGAUGAUAGACUUUGCAAUGGGGUAUAUCGCGCAGACUUGGACGAUCCUGAAUUAUGCAACCCAUUGGCAACUAAUUUAUGGGAGUUGUGUUUGUUAGAGAAUCACUAUGAUCCAAAAGUACGUGCUAUGGCAACUUCAUUAGCAAUUUUUAUACCGAAUAGUGAGAAAUCUGUGUAA